GGACUCUCCAGGCUUGGCAGCUUUGUGCUGCCUCCUGGCUUCAAGCUGCCUCUGGAGGAGGAGAAAGUGGAACUAUCACAGGGAUCCCAGGCUGGCUUCGAACUCCUGAUGCUCAGACCUCCACCUCUGGGGUUACAGGACUGCAUCGCCAGAAUGAGGAUGAGCCUGAGUUCCUGGCUCCAUGCCUUAUGCUGUUUCCGCAGGCACUCCAAGGAGGCCCAGACCCCUCUGCUCCCCAUGGGCAGCUGCCAGGCAGGGCACAACUUGCAUCUCUGUCUGGUUCAUCACCCACCUUUGGUCUGUGCCACUUUGAUCCUGCUGCUCCUUGGUCUUUCUGGCCUGGGCCUUGGUGGCUUCCUCCUCACCCACACAACUGGCCUCCGUAGCCCUGACAUUCCCCAGGAUUGGGUUUCCUUCUUGAGAUCUUUUGGCCAGCUAAGUCUAUGCCCCAUGAAUGAGACAGUCACAGGGACGUGGCGAGGGCCUCACGUCGUCGGCUUACUGACCACUUUGAACUUCGGAGAUGAUCCAGACAGAAACAAAAACCAAACAUUCCAAGCCAAGAUCCAUGGUAGUCAGCUAGGAUUGACAGGGUCCUCUGCCGGAGAGUCUGUCCUUGUCACAGCCAGAGUGACGUCAGGAAGGACUCCAGGGACCUGCCUAUAUUUUAGUGGUGUUCCAAAAAUCCUGCCCUCUAGCCAACCACCUAUAUCCUGCUCAGAGGAGGGAGCUGGAAAUGUUACCCUGAGCCCAGUGAUGGGUGAGGAGUGUGUCAGGGUCUGGAGCCACGAGCGCCUUGCGCUCACCAAGCUGCUUACUUCAGAGGAGCUGGCUCUGUGUGGCAGCCGACUGCUGGUCUUGGGCUUCUUCCUGGUUCUGCUCUGUGGUCUCCUCUGCUGUACCACUGCAGUCUGCUUCCAUCCUCGCCCAGAGUUCCACUGGUCUAGAACACGGCUUUGAGGGCGACGGACUGUGCCUCACUCUGCUGUCAGGUACAGAUCAAGUUCUUGGGGCCCACUUCUGAGUUUAGAAGACCUAUUACAAAAAGUGAAGAACUAGAUUGUGGGAAAAUAAAUGGCUUUUGACUACUAUUGUGUAAGGUAUUUAUUGGGGA